GUGUGUACGCCAUAGUACUGCUAUGGAGUAUUGAGGAAUCUUAAUGGGAGCCGAUUAGUAUUAAUAGUAUAGGUACGCUAGGGAAGCAGGUGACUUAGAGAGGAGGUGCCGGUCAAGUCGAGCGUAGAAAAAAACGCUAUCAUUGUGUACCAAUUAGUGUAUUUGAAGUUAAGUGGAAUUAGGAUUUUCGAAGGGCAGUUUCUUUCGUUUUGACCCUGUGCUGUGUCUCAAGUCAGUGGCGAUUGUAUCGUAAUAACUUCCGAAUUAUACGUCUACCUAAGUAGUUGUUAGUAGCAUUGUAGGAACUUACAAAUAGCAAUAUUAAACGUGAGCCAAUUUAACGACGAAUAAAGAGGAAUCGCUCAAAAAGCAUCUCAGAAUCACCUCUGAUGAGUAGUUUUGUCUACCAUAGACUUUAACAGGUUUAAAUCUCCGUUCUUAUCUACUGCGAUAUUUCAGUGUGACUUAGAGCAGAGUAUAACUAGGGAGCUUUUACAAGGACGUCAUGAAGCUCCGGCGAUCAUUUCUUCUUCUACUUUCAGCGACCUUAUGCCUUGUGUUUCCAGUUUGUGCAGGCUUUAGGUUAAAAAAACUCGCCAAGGCGGCCCUUCUUGGAGCAGCAAUUGCCCCGCGAUUCGUCCCAAUACCCAUCCCGCAUCACGUGCAUAAGAAAGAGCAUCAUGGAUGGAAUAAUCAUGGCUGGGAUCAGGGAUGGGACCACGGAGGCUGGAAUAGUCACGGCCAUGGACCUCUGCCAAUCACAUUCACCAAAGGUGGCUGGGAGAAGCAUCAUUCUGUGCACGACGCCUCCUUGGCGAGUCACGGCUGGUAGAUGGCGUGGUAGAUAAAAAACUAGAGACACUGAGAGUGUGCGACAAACGAACGCAAAAAAAUAUCACGCGAUGCGUCGUUUCGAUGUUUCAAACUUGGCAUAAAUGUUAAAGUGUCUCCAGUCGUCGUAUCACGUAGGCAUUUUUCAGUAUUUCAAAAUUUUUAUCGAAAUCGUUGUGUGAAGUCACAGGUCUAUAUGGAGAAAAUGCAGAACAGUCCAAAUAAGUACGUUUUACUUAUUUAGUCGAUUCCUAAAUGAAACGAUUCGCCGUUGUACGACCGACGCACACAGAGAACCUAAACGUGCUGCAUGAUUCCAGCAUGUAGCCGCCAUGCACAGUGCCUGACCGACUGGUACUUGUGCAUUCUUAUCAAUAGUCCUAUAUAAACCAAUUUGUAAUAUUAAUGUAGCAGCAUAUUUAUAAAGGUUCAUAACAUCAAAUCAAGAGGUGGUUAUAGCACAAUAGCCCCCGCAGCUAAAGCAAACAGCCACCGUAGAAAUAAUCUUCCUAUGUUAUAAAAUGAGCGUGAAGAUCUCUCGCUGUGUGUGUGUGUAUGAGCGAGAGCUUGCUUGUCUUGUUUGUUACCUUGUUAAGACUGCUGUGAAUGUGUCGGGGCUGGGGGAUGUUUGUUACAUGUCCACGGCUUACGCCGACUAUUGAUGACCGUCGACUUUUAGUCACCCGUUGUAUGCUUGUUUUAUGAUUCAGAGAAAUUUGAGGUUCAUGUGAAUCGUCCUGCCCGUUAUGGCAAGACAGAAAACAAUGUGCACUUUGGCGAGUAACACUGGAGGUCGUCAACGGCUUCCGUGUUUAUAUGCCAACGUCUGCUAAUUGUUCAUGCACUGUUUAUCGUACAGAACCUCCCAAGAGGACUCUCCAUUUCAACAGCAUUGUAUUUAUUUUCGUUGAUGUCUCGUCAACGUGUUUUAUUAACUACUACUAUUAUAUGUAAGAACGUACGUACAUUAUGUUUAAUAUUAAGUUAUUGUACAAUGUAGCAUUAGGGUAAACGUAGGAUUGUCAAAUAAAUGUUACUGUAUUUGUAAAUUAAAGAAACUUUUUAU